AUCUCAAAGCAAACACAGGCUUUCACAACAUCAUGGACAGAAUGGGUUAAGGAUCUCUUCCCUGCUUUUCUGAGAUGGGUGAAUUCUUUAUCCAUAGCUACACCACAUUUUGAGCAUACAGGAAGGUCUGUAGAUAACACUGAGCUGGUGCGACUUACUUGGAACUUCUGUGGAAGUUUAUUGCUGUGAGUUUGGCAGCCAACAUGCUCACUUUCCUCAUAAGGAACAUGCCUGUGCCCACUCCUGUGGAUCCCAAGCUCUACUAUCUCUUCUUAAAUCUCUGCUUCUCUGUAACAGCUUGGCCACAUGCUGUGACAGGGGACAACUGCCCGAGCUCGAAGUGGAACGUCAUGUGUCGUCCUUGUUGUGAGUACCACCUGAUCCAGUGCAGGUGUCCCUCAAAAGGGUCGAGGGUAGGUUACACUGUUCCCUGCUGCCGCAAUGCUCUGGAUCAGUGUGACCCCUGCAUCAUUCACCCAGGCUGCAGUUUGUUUGAGAACUGUAAAACCUGCAACAAUGGAACAUGGAAAGCCAAUGAUGACUUCUUCGUCAACGGAAAGUAUUGCACUGAGUGUCGCCAAGGCUGGAGUGGAGGGGACUGUCGGACAUGUGGAGGCAUCAUCCAGCGGGCUCAAGGUCACAUAGCCCUGGAGAGUUACCCAACAAACGCCAGAUGUGAAUGGACAGUGGAAGCGCAGAGGGACAGUAACAUCGAGCUCAGGUUUUCACUGCUCAGUUUGGAGUCUGACCAUAACUGUCGCUACGACUACAUUGAGGUGCGUGACGGCGACGAUCUGAGCUCUCCUGUGGUUGGCCGGUUUUGUGGGGAUCAGCUGCCUCCUCCAGUAAAAAGCUCUGGGAACCUCUUGCACAUCCUUUUCAUCUCAGACGGCUACAACAACUUUGAUGGAUUUGUUCUUACUUUUCAGGAGAGUUCAGUUUCAGCCAACAGGAAUCCGGUGUGUGCACCUCCAGAGAAGCUGGUGAAUGGAUAUUUGCUGCCUGUAUAUGGCCUCAAGAAGGAGCUUGUAUCCGUAACCUACCGAUGCCAUCCACCUUUUGUACUCACCGGCCCACAGCAGAGGACCUGCCUACCUAAUGGCAUGUGGAGUGGCACAGUUCCCACAUGUGUAAAAGACCAAACAAGCAGAGUCCAAUGUGCCCCUCCGUCCAAAUUGCUCAACGGGUACCACAGGUCUGCUCUUGACACAGCGGGUGGUGCAGAGACAAUUGAGUUUUUCUGCAAAAACUCCUACAUUUUGAGUGGAAACCACCAGAGUACCUGCCUCUCUAAUGGAUCCUGGAGUAGCAGGCCACCAAAGUGUGUGAGAGCCUGUCGAGAACCCAAAGUGUCUGAACUUGUGCGACAAAGUGUUGUGAAGCCACAUCUGUCGUCAAGGGAGAGUCCAAACCAGAGACUCGGGCUCUCAUCAAGGUACGGCAUGCAUGAUCUGUUGUCAGCUGGUUUCAUUCCACUUACGUUGGACAGGCAGUCCAGUGCUGAAAGAGAUGACUCUGCUUUGGAGGAGCUUCCCCGUGGCUUUCACUCAGUCUACACGAGCAUCGAGUACAAGUGUGCCUCACCUCUCUACCGCCACACAGGAAGCUCUCGACGCACCUGUCUGAAGACUGGCAGGUGGAGCGGGCGUCAUGUUUCCUGCUCACCAGUUUGUGGCAAAUUUGAUACUUUCAGUCUUCACAACCUCUCAGACACUCAGUGGCCAUGGCAUGCAGCCAUCUAUAUCCGCUCACCUCCUGAUCGUACUGCCAGCACCCCCAGGUACCGUGGAGUGACCAUGUCCGACCAGCAGGAGGCCUCAGAGGAGUCCACAUUCUGGCACCUGGCCUGCAGCGGGGCUCUGCUCACCCAGCGUAGUGUCCUAGUGGCAGCUCAGUGUGUGGUAGACAAGGACAAGCAGCAGCCCCUUCACCCAGCACAUGUGAAGGUUGCCAUUGGCAUGCAGUACCAGACAUCCAAGGAUCGGCUGAAAAGCCAGCACCACCUCAGGGUUUCAGAUAUUUUAGUCCAUCCAAACUUUUACUUUGCACCGGACUCCAAUGUGGCUGUGCUCAAGCUAAAAGACAAGGUCAAGAUCAGUGAGCGUGUGUUGCUGGUGUGUCUGCCCAAAAUGCAGGGAGGAGAGGUGACAGUGCAGGAGGCUUUUACAACGAGGUGGAUUUUACCAAACAAUCACAGGCACCUGAGCCGCCACACUGCCCUGAGCCAGACGAGACUUGUUGAGUUGAGUGAUGUUGCUCAGUGUGAAAGAGAACUUGCUCAAGGAGGAACACAUACCACAGUGAUUAGCGACAAUACACUGUGUUUCGUUAGGAAGCCGUCCAGUCCUGAAAGCCCUUGUCCUAGAGUUAUUCCAGGCCUCACCGUCGUGCCAGCUGCGUUUUCAUCCACAAGCAGUGUCUUAUCGGGUCACGAGGAGACUCAGGGAGCCUCCAGCACAAGCUGGCAGCUGCUUGGUUUAGAGAGUUUCAGCUUUGAGGAAAAGAACUGUCACCAACAGAUUUAUACAGUUCAGACACGAAUAGGCCACUUUCGAGACUGGAUAGAGAAAAACAUGAAAUAGAUUUUUUUUUUCUCAGUAUCUUUUGUAAAGUUAAUUUUCAGCAACUUAAAUCUUAAAUAGUCAUUUCUUUUUUGAGUUUUGUAAAUCUCAGUUGGUGGUAGUGGGAAUGGUGGAGGUGGCGCAAACAAUGAGAACACAACUUUGUACCUCCUAUCUGUGUCAAUAUCAUCUGAAGUGAGAACAGCUUUCCUGGCACUCCUCUUGUCUCUUAUGUGUGCAUGUUAUUGUUCUGUAUUUGGGUCAAAUCCACUUCAAAUAAGUCAACGUGAGCUGGUUAAGACACCCACUUCCCCUAUGAUACCUGUGUUACCUUGAGUAGAUAAAGGUUUAAAAAUAAACAAAAUUUUCAGAUGC